AUGCUAUCACGACACGCGGCUGGUCGAAUACCAGCUCGGACCCGACUGGGACAGCGACUGCCCGGAUCGCUUCUCCCACUGCGCCCCUUCACCAACCGCAGCCGACUGCAAAUCUCAUCACCACUCGGCCGCCCUCAACUACCAUUCCUCUCACCACUUUCACCUUCGCGACCAAUUCUGCCGCUCUCCAUCCACCUCCGCCAACACUUUGCCCGCCUCAUUACGACGGGCCCGAGCAACUACAAGAAGCGCCUUAGCUACGGGAUUAAGGCAGGCCUUACAUUCUCCGCCGUCUUCGUUCUUUUAUCGGUUAUCCAGUUGGGCGUCUACCAAGAAGAUAUCGAGCACAAAUGGCCCACGCCACCUGAAUGGUCUCUGAAAUCGAGAUGGUCCUUGCGCUCCGCACAGGCCCUCCAACAUCCUGAAUACACGAACCGCAUCAUUACCGACUGGCCCAUGGUCGCCGGGUACCUGCGCGAACUGAUCGAAAGAUUGGAGAAUGUUAAUGGCGAAGGCGCGGGAUUAAGGGAGCAAGAAGAAGGUGGGAUUCUCGUUGAAGGAGUUGGUCGGACCGGCCUGGAUAUCUCUGCGAAAAGCGAGGCUUGGCGCAGAGGUUACUUCCAGGCUCUGAUGGGCUCUGCGAAGGCCGCGGAGAAUCUCGAGGGUUGGGUGACGGAUACCAAGGAGCGGAUUUCCGCGCCCCAGGAACAUGUUGUUGGACCCUCGAAUCCAAGACCGAAACCUAUGCCCCGUGGUGUGGAUAAGGUUAUGCGAGAGGAGAACUGCGAGCCGGCUUCUCCGCCGCCGGAGACGUUUUACAUGAAGAUUCUUACGACCGGGGGAUUUGAGACGAGGCAGAAGCUUGAGGCGGCGCUUGCUUAUGCUGAUUGGCUUGAUUAUAAGGGGCUUGGCCGGACUGCUGGUGAUAUGUACGCCUGGGCUUUGGAUAUUGCGGCCGGUGGCGUUGAGGGUGAUGCGAGUAGCCUCGUUGAUGUGAAGACGGGUCUUUUGAAGAAUGUCGACGCAGCACCGCCUUCUGAGAACCUGAUGCGCGUUUCGACGGCUCUUGCUGUUCACAAUGCGCGACAGGGUGAUCUCCCAACUGCACUGUCACUCUUCACGUCCGUCCUGAAGGCCUGGCGCAGUCUUCCCGUGAUACCUGAACCAAUUAGCCUGGAAUCGCCCAACCAAAAUGAUUCUGGGAACAUCUUCGCCAGCCUUUUCACGACUCUCAAAACUGUUCUCGUUCCCGUUAAAUACCCGCCUCCGCCACCUUCGGGAAAUACCCCCCCGACUAGAACAACCGGAUCGCUCUGCCACGAAGCAGGCCUUAUGACCUACAUCGGCGAAAUCAUCUACGCCUCCUCAUCUCGCGAACAAGGCCUGGCAUGGACCCGCGACGCAGUCGAAAUGGCCGAGUCAACCCUCUCACUCAUGGAGAACUCCUCUGACGCAGACUCGCGGACGAAGUGCGCGCAAUGCCUGAAGGUCGGACUGCAAAACUGGAAGACGAUGGUCUCGGCGCUGGUCGAGAAGACCGAGAAGGAGCAGCUGGAGUCUGUGGAGCAGGCGAAAAAGGCUUGGUAUGGCGGGGAUAAGAGUUUGAAGGGUAAGACCGAAGAGCUUAGGAGAUGGAAGGCUGAGCAGGAGAUUCUCAAUGAGAGGAUCAAGAGGCUUUUCCCGGCUCUUGAGUGGGAAGGUAGCUUGGAGGGCCUUUCUACGGGGAGCUCGCUGUAUGUUUGA